AUGUCGUCUUUUAACAAGACUCAACAACAGUAUCACUCUCAAAACCCUUACCCGGCUACUGUCAUUUCUUCAGAAGCCGAUUUUCGUCUUGCUCAGAAGCUUCAAGAUGAGGAAUACGCUCGUUGGGUAGAGUCAAACCCGCAGCAAGAGCCCGGCCUAAAUCGUGCGGGUGAAUCAUCCGUCGGCCCUCAUCUACCAAGAGCCCCAAUGCCACCAAUACCUGAACAUUAUCAAUAUAAUCAUCAUCAACAACUUCAAAAUAGUCCAACAUACCAAUCUCCCAUAGUUUACGCUUCUCCAAAUCAACCUCCUUUACCUUAUUCUCAAACUUCUCCAUAUGCAAGUAAUGGAACAAGUAGUGGGGUCAAUAAUCAACCAUAUUAUGGGAGUUUGAAUCAGGGUGUAAAUACUUUAUCAUCAAAACAAAAGAGUCACAAGAAAGAAUUUCUGGCGAAAAUGUCUGUGAGUCGACAUAUGUUUCACACACGUCCGUUCGUCAACUCCCGUUCAACUGUUAUCGAUUGA